UGGAGUAUAUAGAAUUUAAAUCUUCUCUCACAAGUAUAUGGUAGAGCUAAAGAAGAAGACAAGCAAGGGUCAUCUGAAAUUGUAAUUGGCUCACUAAUAAUCGCAGAACAAGGUUGGAAAUAACUACUCAAGCAUAAGACACUACCAAGAUGUUUGAUAUAAAGGCUUGGGCUGAGUAUGUUGUGGAAUGGGCUGCAAAGGACCCGUACGGCUUCCUUACAACGGUUAUUUUGGCCCUUACUCCAUUGUUUCUAGCAAGUGCUGUACUGUCCUGGAAAUUGGCCAAGAUGAUUGAAGCCAGGGAAAAGGAACAAAAGAAGAAACAAAAAUGUCAAGAAAAUAUUGCAAAAGCUAAACGACUAAAGAAGGAUUGAAGGAAUGAACAGGCUCUAUAACCAGAGAAAAAUCACUUGGAAAAUUAAGCAGCUUUGGAAGGACCCACUGAGGUUUCUUUUCUGAUUUUUAUGACAGUAAUUUGUAGUCACUGAAGUCUGAGCACAUGGAAGGAUCAUGUUAGUUGUGACCUCUACUACUGCAACUUUUAGGCUUUGGUGUAGAAGUCUGUUGACAGUUAUUGUAAAUUGGCAUUUAUUCUAUAAAUUCUUUGUAACUGAUUUAGUCAUUUGCCAUUUUGCAGCUUAUGUACUGAAACGAAAACAUCCUGUGGAGAGAAAUGACUAUACAUUAUGAAUUCUUUUCAAAUGAUGGCUUAGAAUGGGGCCCUUUCUGGACAAAAGGAGUUAAGAAUGUAAAAAUCAAAACUGUCCUGAGGUGAAAAGUGUGCUUUCGCUUAAAAGGCAUAUAGUAUAUUAUAUCUUUUAUCAUUAUUGCUUAUUUCUUGGAAUAGAAUCAUUUCUGGCUUUCUCAAAGCCACAUAUUAACUAAUGACUUUUUGUGUUCUGCAUUUUCUCAUUUUAGCCCUGGAGAUAAUUAUCAGACAUUCUGCAUUUUUUAAAAUCGAAUUUUAUAAAGAAUUCUCUUAUUGACUAUAUAGAAUACCACCUACCAGAUAUAACAGUUUUUGUACUUAUGAACACUGCCAUUUUCUUAGAGAUGUCUUGUUGAGUAGAAUAACACUAUGAUUUAAAGCUUGCAGUAAAAAUGCCAAACCUUGUGUUACCUUGGAACCAGUUUACUCUUUCUUGUACUAAGUAGAAAUGUGAAGUAGUUAAAAUGUCUUAUCAGAUAAUUUGCUCAUUAUAUAGAUGCCAUUUUUUGUUUUUCUUCCAUUCUUUGUUUUAACUUACCUAGUAGUGAUAUUCUACUUUCUGAUGAAACAGGUUCAUGGUGAAAAUUAAAAUUUCAAAUUUCUUUUAAGCCAUUCUUAAAAAGUAAUAGUUAAGUUGUAAUUCGUAAGUGGUAAAGAAAGGUUUAACAUUUGGAAAAAUUUUGGUCAUCAUACCAGUAAUUAGAUGAAAAAGGUAAAUUAUGUCAAAAUGAGAUAUGUGUUAAAAUUAGAAAUAAAGAGCUAAAGGAUCUUUCCUUUAGUUAAGUAGAUAACUGGAACUUUUUACUAUUAAACAGGCUUUUAUAAAUGCAUAGUCCAGUAAUUUUAUUUGCUGUCAGUAUAUAAUAGCUUGUUAAUGUUUUCCUCCCCUCUGAUAAUGAAUUUUAAAUUACAAAAAAUUGUCCACCAGCUUUAGUUUAAAAAUGGAACUAGAUAUUGAAAUAAAUUUGAUACUUUUUUAUAAAAAAAUAAAAUAAAAAU